CGUACACAUUUUUUUUACAUGGGUGUUUAUUAAGAAAUGGAAGAUUCCAUAUGGCUUAGUGAAGAAGCCAGGUGUGGCCUCUCCUCGGUACUACGUUCUAGGCCACCUGCUCAGGUGUGGGCUGCUUCCUCGUGCUGCUGGGUGCUCUCUCUCUGCAGGUGCGAGCCAGGUCGCGUCUGAUAGAUGGAUGCCCGCUGUCACUCGGUGCCCGGCACUGCCCGGUGACUGUGUCCCCUCGGCCUGAGGUUUAGAGAGAUUUACUUUUGGCCCAGGGAGUGGACCUGCCAGGAGUUGACUCCAGGUCAUCUUGAACGUCCCAAAUACCUCCCGUUACCUGAUGCUGCUGACGAAGUCAGGAUGGCGUUAAACUCAGGAUUACCACCAGGUGUUGGGCCUUACUACGAAAACCAUGGGUACCAGCCCGAAAACCUGUACCCGCCGCGGCCCUCUGUGGACCCCAGUGCCUACGUGGUGUAUCCAGCUCCCUACUACCCGCCCACGGUGCCCCAGUACGCCCCCAGGGUUCUGACGAACACCUCGACACCUGCCGUCCGCACGCAGCCCAAGUCCCCAUCGAGGACACUGUGCACCUCAAAGACGAAGAAAGUGCUGUGCAUCACCGUGGCCCUGGUGGCCGUGCUCGCCGGGGCAGUGGCGGCCGCUCUCCUGCUCUGGAAGUUCACGGAGAACAGGUGCACGGUGUCGGGGAUGGAGUGUGGCUCCUCGGGGACCUGUGUCAGCGCCUCUCUCUGGUGUGACGGGAUCCUGCACUGUCCCAGCGGGGAGGACGAGAACCAGUGCGUGCGUCUCUACGGACCCAACUUCAUCCUGCAGGUGUACUCGUCCCAGAGGAAGUCCUGGCACCCUGUGUGCCGAGACGACUGGAGCGAGAGCUACGGGAGGGCAGCGUGCCAGGACAUGGGCUACAGGAAUAGUUUUUAUUCCAGCCAAGGAAUAGUGGAUGACAGCGGGGCCACCAGCUUCCUGAAGCUGAACAUCAGUGCCGGCAACACCGACCUCUAUAAAAAGCUCUACCACAGUGAUGUCUGUUCUUCAAAAACAGUGGUUUCUUUACGCUGUAUAGAGUGCGGGGUCAACUCGAAGAUGGGCCGCCAGAGUCGGAUCGUGGGCGGAUCGAGUGCUGCCCCGGGGGACUGGCCCUGGCAGGUCAGCCUGCACGUCCAAGGCGUCCACGUCUGUGGCGGCUCCAUUAUCACCCCCGAGUGGAUCGUGACGGCCGCUCACUGCGUGGAAGAGCCUCUGAACAAUCCCCGGUACUGGAUGGCCUUUGCAGGAAUCUUGAGACAAUCCGCCAUGUUCUACGGAAACGCGUACCGAGUGGGCAAGGUGAUUUCUCAUCCGCACUAUGAUUCCAAGACCAAGAACAAUGACAUCGCUCUUAUGAAGCUGCAGACGCCGCUGACUUUUAACGACAAAGUGAAACCGGUGUGUCUGCCCAACCCAGGCCUGAUGCUGGAGCCGAGACAGGCCUGCUGGAUCUCCGGGUGGGGGGCCACCUACGAGAAAGGGAAAACGUCGGACAUGCUGAACGCCGCGAUGGUGCCCCUCAUCGAGCCCGGGCAGUGUAACGGCAGAUACGUCUACAACAACCUGGUCACGCCCACCAUGGUCUGCGCCGGGUACCUGCGGGGCAGCGUGGAUUCCUGCCAGGGCGACAGUGGCGGCCCUCUGGUCACGUUGAAGAACAGCAUCUGGUGGCUGAUUGGGGACACGAGCUGGGGGUCCGGCUGCGCCAAGGCGAACAGGCCAGGAGUGUACGGAAACGUGACGAUGUUUACAGACUGGAUCUAUCGACAAAUGAAGGCCAACAGCUGAUCCACCCGGCCUCGUCCCCAACACCGUCAACAAGAAAACGGAGGGGCUGGUUUUUCAUCCCCCGUGCCUGGUGUAUUUUAGAGAUGAUCCAGAGGUCCUUUCGUUUGAUUAAAUCAUGAACGUGUCUGUC